AUGAUUGCAUCGGUAACCCGGUGGUGACGCAGCUGCUACAUGGACUUGUGCCCAUGCAUUGUGGCAACAACUCAUUUGUUCAUCUCGGCCGAGGGCCCUACAAUGCUUCUCAUGACUACGCAGAGUACUUCAUAGAGGGUUGCAAGACCACCCUCGUGCCAGUACUGGGGGCAUCAGCAAACAUGGCGAACGCAGGUGACUACGAACAAUUAAUCAGGGAUGGUUUUCUGUUAUCAUGGCCAGUGGUACCUGAUCAGUUUCCAAGACAAGGUACGAUUAGCAGCUAGUAGUAGCACUGUGUGUACUAUAUUUGGUAACAUAUAGUCAUACGCAUAUGUUAAUAUGCAAUGCAAAGAACAUAAUAGCCUUUACAUAAUUCUGAUGUAUAGAGAUAUAGGUAUUGAAAGAUGCCAGUUGUGGACGAGGUUUAUUUGUUGCAUAGAGUAUGCUAUAUGCUGGAUUCCAUCUGUUUGUUUUCACCAUAUAUGAUCUGUAAUGAAUCAAUGUUCACCAAGUGACGAAAUUCAAGGAAAUGAAAUGAAGUGCCAGCUAUAUUGGAAUUGUCUUAAUCAUUUAACUCCAUAUGCUUCGCACAAUUAUUCUAUAUUGCCAUGGUUCAUUUUUAUGUUUUUUUAUUUUGUGAUUGAUACUUACAUUGACUAACCAUAAUAAUUUCUCUGCAGAUGGUAGGCACAACAAGAAGUUAAUUUUGAUAGUUUCUCUGGCUGCCACAAUCAGCUUGCUAACAUGUCUAGUUUGGGGGGUGCACCGACAGAAGCAAAGGGUUUGUCUUCUUAUCCUCCCAAAGCAGACUGGUAAUAAAUCGAGCAUGGAAGAAAUGCUAAGGAGGUAUGGAUCUUUGGCUCCGAAAAGGUACAAGUACUCAGAGCUGAAACAAAUGACUAACUCUUUCAAGGAUAAACUUGGAGAAGGUGGAUAUGGCACGGUAUUUAGGGGUAGCCUACAGGAUGGCUGUGUGGUUGCUGUGAAGCUCCUAAAAGUUUCCAAAGGCAAUGGAGAGGAGUUCCUAAAUGAGGCAAUUAGCAUUGGUAGGACAUCACAUAUUAACAUUGUCGGUCUGCUCGGUUUUUGCUUAGAAGGAGCCAAGCGAGCCCUUGUUUAUGAGUAUAUGGCUAAUGGUUCACUGGAGAAGUAUAUUUACAUAGAGAAUUCAGAUCUAGUUAUUGGAUGGGAGAAGUUACAGCAAAUAGCACUUGGCAUCUCACGAGGAUCGGAAUAUUUGCAUCAAGGAUGUAGUACCCGCAUCAUCCAUUUUGACAUCAAGCCUCAGAAUAUACUUCUAGAUCAAGAUUUUUGUCCCAAAAUUGCCGAUUUCGGUUUAGCCAAACUGUGUCACCUCAAGGAUAGCAUCCUCUCCGUCGCCGAAGCAAGAGGUACCAUUGGAUUCAUUGCUCCAGAAGUAUUCUCUAGAGGUUUUGGAGUCGUUUCUACAAAGUCAGAUGUCUAUAGCUAUGGAAUGAUGCUCCUGGAAAUGGUAGGAGGAAGGAUAAAUAAAGAAAAAGGGAAUACAGAGAGCUCAAGUGAUCUGUAUUUUCCAAACUGGAUUUAUGACAAUAUAGCAGAACAGGUACAAAGUUGUGAAGUCAUCUGUGACCUUGAAGAAGCCAUGAGAAAGAUUACCUUAGUGGGCCAAUGGUGCAUACAAACUAACCCUGUAAAUCGUCCUUCGAUGAGCAAGGUGAUUGAUAUGUUGGAAAAGAGGAUCAACGAAUUGGAGAUGCCACCGAAGCCGUUCCUUUCGUGUCCCUCGAUCCGGACAAGCUUGUCGUCCCAUACAAGUUAUGAUUACAGAUCAUCGUAUUGCUCUGCAUCCCCUGCUGUGUUACCAUGCAUAGCCCAAAAGUAGUAUGAAGUGGAUAAAUGUAAAUUCGAAUUACCACUGCAUUUACCAUUAAGAUCUUCUAGUGUGUGAACCGUGUGUAAAAGAAAUGUGAAUUUUCAGAGGUUACAUCGUGUCUCUGAGAAUGGCCAAGGCAAUGUGAUAACGGAAGGCUGUUCGAGAUUAUUGCACUUGAUACGAAUCAAAACACGAAUAACGAAAUGAAAGCU